GUCUAUGCCCAGACUGGGAGACGUGGGAUCCGAGGCAGCCGGUGGAGAAUGCCCGCGAAGCCAUGCAGCAGGCCGACGAUUGGCUGGGGGUCCCUCAGGUGAUUGCCCCCGAAGAGAUUGUGGACCCCAACGUGGACGAGCAUUCGGUCAUGACCUACCUCUCCCAGUUCCCCAAAGCGAAGCUCAAACCCGGAGCCCCCCUGAACUCCAAGCAGGUCAACCCCAAGAAGGCCAAGGCCUAUGGGCCUGGUAUCGAACCCCACGGAAACACGGUGCUGAAACCAGCCCAUUUCACAGUGGAGACUGUCGAGGCUGGCUUGGGAGAGGUGCUGGUGUACAUUGAGGACCCCGAGGGACACACAGAGGAG